AUGCGACUCUUCCAGCCCCCAGUGACGCCGUUGCCGGAUGACUUGUAUCUUGACGGCCAAACCGCCAUCGUCACUGGCGCCACGUCUGGAAUCGGCCUUGCCUUGGCCAAGCAGCUCGUUCUCCUGAGAGCCUCGACGGUUGUACUUGCGGUCCGCAACACCUCCAAAGGCGAGUCGGUAAAACGAGAACUUCUGGAUGAUGCAGCUAUCAAGUCGGCCAACCCAGACGCCAUCGUCAGGGUCAUGAAGAUGGAUGCCGAAGACUACGGCAGCGUCCAGUCUUUUGCAAAAGCAUUCUGCAGUGAGCACAAAGACCUCCACAUUCUGAUGCUGAACGCUGGAGUUCCGGGACUCAAGCGUCAUGUUGCUGCGACGAAUCACGAGGCGACGGUCCAGGUGAACUACCUCUCCAACGUGCUCUUGAUGCUUCAGCUUCUCCCUUUGUUAGAAUCCACGGCUCAGAGGACGAGAUCCCCCGGGAGAGUCACUUGGACCGGAAGCCGAGCCAUAGGAAACACCAGCUUGGAGGCAAAGGCGCCUCUCGCACCCGGAGAGUCAGUGUUGGAGCACUUGGACGCCGAGGCGAACUUUUACGGUCUGUCUCGGUACGCGGACAGCAAGCUCCUGGUGUUUCUGUUUCUCCGAGAGCUGCGGCAACAUUUGGGGCCUGAGAAGGUCAUCGUCAAUGCGUUUUGCCCCGGGAUGGUGAAGACGGCAAUGAGCGACGUGCUGCCGCUGCCUUUCAGGUUGGCAAUGAGUGCGGUGAAGGCCGUACGGGCCAGGUCUCCGGAGCAGUCUGGCUGGAUUGGGCUUCAUGCUGCCGCGGUGGUGGGUGCUGAGACGCACGGGAAACAGCUGGGUGAUAAAGACAUCUGGAAGCCAGAAGGCUACGCCAAUUCUGAUGAUGGCAUGCGGCUACAGAAGCUAUUGUGGAAGGAGACCGCGGAUGAAAUGUCAAAGUUCACUCAAAUACCAAAGUGGAUGUCAAGUUGA